UCGAAAGCAAAAUAAAGGGAAGAGACAGCUUGGGCUUUCGCUCAGUAUAACAUCCUCUCUAUAUGCGGUGGAACUGUAGAGGGUUAUUCUGUUAUGCGCCACUGAAAGGGAGAAAGGGAAUAUAACCGCACAUUUCGUCGCAACAACCGUUAAACAAGUUCUCCUCUUUAAGCUCGGCUGAAGAAUCAUGGGUAACGUAUUAGGAAAUAGAAGAAUGGCUCCUCAUUUUUUAAGAAAUUACAGAAAAAAUGUGUGCCAAAUCACAUCUCCUGUUCUUGGAGCUGAGGUCAGGAGAGUGGAAAAUAAAAUGUAUCUCGAUGGCCACGAUCAAACUACCAUAAAGUUCUUAAAAGCUGCAAUUCAUUUCCUGCCAACAGCAAUGGAAGAUGGAGCAGAUCUUACAAACGCUCUAUUUCGCUUCGUCCAGUGGGGGAGCGAGUUUGUCAUUAAGGCUGGAAAUGGUGACUGGGAGUACUAUUUCUCCGAGGAAUAUCCUGACCAGAUUACUGAUAAAUGCGUUCGCAGGCCCUGGUUGAAAUUCCUUUGGCCCAUUGUGGGCCGUUUUCGUGGCACACAGUUAGCCCUACCUGGACCUUUCUAGAGCAACGUUAUCUGAAGAAUGUUACUAAACUUGUUUUUACAGUAACUUGCUUGACACCGACCUCUUCGAAGACUCGAUCUCCUUUGCACCAUCAAUUUUUUCUAAGUAAAGGAUAAGGAAAGAACCCUUCAAAAAUAUCUCUACUUAUCGUCUAUGAUGAUUGCUAUGACUACUGAAUUCGAAGAGCGCUUACUCAAUCUGGUGCUCAAACCUUUUUUCCGUGUUUUCAUCCGUUAUUUUGAAUCGCUAUGCGGAUUACCGCUGUACUUUCGGUCUCAGAUUUUUCCCUUUCCUUGUUCCUUAUUUUAGUUCCUGGUUUUAGUAACAUCCAAUCUUCCGAGAUCAAAAGUGUCUUUAAUAACGUUAUUUCUCGUCUUUUUGAGUAUGCUCUUUUCCCCUGGUAUUUGAAGUGCACAAGUUUCAUAGUUUUGCAAUUAUGAAAUUCAAUUGAACCUCAAUUUCCCAUCCCAGGGUUAGAGCCACUUUCUUUCAAAGGCUGUACCAUUCAACUAGAACCAAGAGAAUGUCAACUGUUAAUAUUCCCUUAACUAGAACAGAAAAAAUUAUAAUACAUUUACGCAACAACUUGAA